UUUUUUCGAAAUCUUCUUGUUCUCACUCUACUCAUCCUCCAUCUCGUUUAUUUUUCUACUUUGUUUCUUUCCCGAAGCAGCAACUUCACUUUCAAAACAUGUCAUCUCCGCUUGAGUUGGUCGACUAUGUCGCUCAGCCACCGCUCGAAUACCCUCGCCGCAUCAUUGUCAAUCCAUUCAAGGAGCACCUAGAGCUGCGCGAGCACUUGUUUCAGCUGUAUGGCGACCCAGUGACCGCUGAGGCCAACGCAGCCAUGCGGAGUGUCGCCGUGAAUUUCAGCCUGCUGCUUGUGGGCGGCUUGGUGUUCAUCCCGUUCGCUCUCGUGUUCCGCCGAUGGUCGUGGAAACUGUCAACCGCCAUCAGCAUCGCGGGUGCCAUCAUCACCAUGAUUGCCUGCAUUCGGCUCAGCGGCGGCUCUGGCACGAUCGAAUGGGUGACCGUCCUGAAGUUCGCUUGGAUCAACAUGUGCAUGUGCAUUGCCUCGAUUGGCGUGUCCGCCAUCCGCGGGAGCUUGCGCUUGGCUGGCGAAUGUUGCUGUCCUAAUUUCAAUCUCGAGUCACACCGGCCGCACGACUCAUGCCUGGCUCGCAUUGCCCGAAAGACUGCAGCAAAUAUUUGGUGGUUUUCUUGGCAGCUCGAGGAAGCGCUGCAAUGGACGCUUCUCUGCAAUGCCGUCGGAAUUACCCUGACCUACAUGUCCGCGCUGACCGAAGUCUGCUCGGGCCGUGCGUUUGGAAAUGGAGCCUCGCAUAUUGUCUUUGGUCUUGCCUUUGUGCUGUACGGCGUGGCAUGCAUUGCCCUUUCUCUGAAUGCUGUCAAGACCCGUGCGUUCGAGUUCCGAGAGGCCUGCGCUGGCUUGGUGAUUGGCGUUAUUCUCGUUGUCACACAACACGGAUGGCCGUACCACUUUUUCGAAACGGCCUGGAACGAGACCGACAUUAGCAACGUUGGCACUGGAGCAUUCUUUGUGAUUGCCGGUCUGGGCGGCUUGCUCUUUACCUCGCGCCUCGGGCGAGCGGCAAUGGGCAACAGCCACUCGCCAAACAUCUUCCCCACCAUCGCGCUCCUUUCAACCGCCACAGUCCGCCUCUUCCUAUGGUCUCCAACCACCUACAGCUCGGACGUGUAUGCAACGUUUGCCGCCCUUCUUUCUCUUGCCGGCAUUGGCCGCUUGUUCAUGUCAUGCAAAUCCCUUCGGGGAGCCCAUGUCACUGGCACGAUGCUGGUCAUGGCUGGCACUGUCCUGUGCGGCGCUGGUGACGGGGCAUUGCGCGCCGCUGAACAGCACCAGCUCGAAGUGACGGGCUAUAUUCUUAUUUUGGCAGUAUCUGGACUGGGUGUCAGCGUGUACAUGACUUGCCUGUUUGUGGUGCGGUGGAACCUGCUCAAGACGCGCGCCGGCUGCAACCGCCACAGCCCCGCUCUCCCGCACCACCAAGUAGCGACCAAGCCCGGAAUUGUCUACCAGCUGCUCAACCCAAGGAAUUCAUCCAAGCACCAAGAUUCCGUGCUGAUUCAAAUCUAAAAACACACUACACAACAAAUUAUCUGUUCAUGCGGUUUUUUUUUUUUUGGAAGUGGCGAUGUUUCAUGUCCUGUUCGUGCGGUUUCCGAGUUGCAGCAGCCUUUGAGUAGUUUGGCUUGGUGGUUUUUUUUUCGAUUCUGUCUGCACUACUUGCAGAGUUUGUGUUAAAUUAAUGUACAGUGCUAACUUGAAAACAACAAAUUGUGUGCUCAAAACUGUUUCUCGACAAGUGCGCUUUGUUUUCUCAUGUUGUAAUAAUAAUACAAGCAAAUUCAGUG